CCAUGAUUCGCUGGCGGCUUCGUCGGAAACCACUUUGCAAAUAAGCAACAUUCGUACUGAAGACACUUUUACUGAAGCCGUCAAGGACCCUUCUUUGAUUUCAACGCAAGGCAUCCAGGAUUCGCUGGCGGCUUCGUCGGAAACCACUCUGCAGAUUAGCAACAUUCGUACUGAAGACACUUCUACUAAAGACUUCAAAGACCCUUCUUUGCAUUCCACGCACGGCAUCCAGGAUUCGCUGGCGGCUACGUCGGAAACCACUAUGCAGAUUAGCAACAUCCGUACUGAAGAUGCAGCUUCUUGGCCCGAAAGCCAUGGUACGUCGUCAGGGACGUCGGAAGAGAAGCCUUAUUUUGCUUCGUACUCAAUCGUGACUCCCACUUUUUCAGCCGAUCCAUUAGCCGGCCACGGCGCCCCGGUCUGCUACGGGCCGCCACCAGAGAACCAGAUUCUUCCUUCACUAAGCAACGCCGAGCUCCACAAACGGAUGCUCGAACUCGAAUAUCAAGCGGAAAGCGCACGGCGUAGAUUGCAGCUGGCGAAUCGCCAGAAGAACAAAGUGAUCAGAGAGUAUGAGAAACUGAAAUCCGAAGUGGCUCACUUCUUGGCUCCGGAUCAGCUGAACUGCAUGGCGAAGAGCUCGAGGGGAUCGCAGUGGUCGGAGGACACCAUUCGCAAAGCACUAAAAGUGAGACUGGCCUGCGGAUCCCGUGGCUACAACCUGGUUAAGCAAAUCCUCGCUCCGCUGCCCAGUCAACGAACGCUUCAGAGGCAUUAGAGGUGCUCAAGUGCUCGCCGGGUGCAUUGCCGGAACUUCUACAUGCCCUCUCCGAUGAGGUCAAUAGCAUGGAGGACCAAGAAAAGGAUGUUAUCGACGUUGGCGACGUUGAAAUGACGUCCCCCCAGGCUGUUGACCCAACAACGGGAGCAAUACUCGGCAUACCAACUGCCCCGUCGCCAGACACUCCUAAAUAAGAAAAUGGAGAGGUGUGGAUCGACGGGUCUCGUCCUACCGUUGGUAGUGACAGGCCUCGUACACUGAGGUGGCCUUUGGCGGGCACUCCCAGAUGAGAGAAUUGACAGGUCUCGGUUGACAGGUCUCUAUGUACAAGGCCUGCCACAGUUGGCGGUGACAAGCCUCGUACAUUGAGAUGACCUAUGGCGUGCACUCUCAGAUGACAUAAUGGACAGGCCUCGAUUUGACAGGUCUCGAUGUACGAGGCCUAUCACCUGGAACACUGCUAGAUGACCAGCGUGCCUUUCGGAAAGUGUUCGAAGUCGUCGAAUGCAGAUACGUGUGAUGCCCUGUUUUCUAGUCCUUCCACCUAAGAUUCAAAUUCCAAGUAUAAGACACACUUGCGCGACACCUGAAACCGACGAAGAAAUAGUACACGUGCUGACACGUCUGUGAAAUGCGCACAACGAUUCGCCGUUCUUUGCGAGAAUCCUCAUGAACGUGAUAUAAUGUUAUUUUUGUGGUUUCUAGAUUAUUGUUCUGACCGUGCUGUGGCUCAUUCUUGGUUGUCGGAGUAAUAUGCUCCGCAUUGUUUGUUUUUGUUUCUACUUUCUGUGAUACAGCAUACGUCCGCGCGCAGUCGUUUAAAUAAAAUAGUUG